CGAUGUUCUAGAACAGUGUAGCAACUGUAGCUCUUCCAUUUCGCGCCUUUUUUAACCGCGGCUACGUCUGCCACGCUUAAAAUUGUCAAGCACUUACAAAAUCCAAGAUUCCUUCCAUCAACAGUUGUUCAAGUGGUGUACGAACGAUCGACGACGAGCGGGAGCGACGGAUCCAGAGGAAACAGACCAAAGUCCGGUAGACUGAAACAAUGGGUUUACUUCUGCCCUUCGACCACGCCGAGAAGGAGCUAAACGCCAAGCUGAAGCCUCAACUCCACUCAAUUCAUGCGUCGCUCAAACUGAACAAGCAAGUCACCACCACCAAUGUUGCCGUUCUGAAGACCCUGUUGGACGACAUCUGCAUUCAGAUGAAGCAGAAGGAUGCUCUCUUCAACCUUCUUUUUAACAGGCUCGAAUACACCGGAAGCUACUACGACGGGCUGCGGACCAAAAAAGCAGACGAGUUUGACAUAAACCUUGUGCUGAACCUACCUUUCGAGAAGGACGAAUUCACCGUGUCGGACGGAUGUCCCGGCUACGUCUGCUACAAAAUCGGUCCGGCGGCCGAGCACAGGCUGCUCCGGGAAGGGGACGUGAAGUGGGUUCCGCACUUACUGAAGUGGAGGGACGCCGAGAAGAGACUCAAGCCGGACAGGGUCAAGCAGUGGCUGCAGUCGGUUUUUGACCGUUUUCUCCAGACCUACGUCGUUCCCUCUGGGCCCUGCUCGGCUGUGGAUAAGAUACAGCCAAGCCAGCACGGCCCUGCCAAGACAUUUUAUAUUAUACUCAAAAAUGGCCUCCAGAUUGAUGUGGACCUUGUGCCCGUAAUAGAAUUUUGCUACCCUAGUUGGCCCGAAGGCAUUGAGAAGAAAGAUUGGAUGGCUAAUAUGUUUUCAAAGGAUCUCAACUGGUUCUUGAUUCCUAAGCCCCCCACGCCCAACUCCCACCUGUGGCGGCUGCAUUUCCCGAACAUAGAAAAGAAGCUCAUCAAAGACUACGGUUGUGUGAAGCCCAUCAUUCGCUUACUCAAGGCCAUGAGAGACUCAUACAAGUGGAAUCUCUCGUCUUAUUCCCUCAAGACGUUUGUCAUGAGGCAGCUUGUGGAAAAUUACGACGUGCAAUAUUGGCACCCCGACAACCAAGGGAUGCUUUUUGUCAGGGUCCUGGAUCGCCUGGGACUUGCCCUGGUGCAGCCGGGGCCUGCCAUUCCAUAUCUCUUCCACCCAGAGGUGGACCUCGCCGAGACGGUUACGAGAGUGACCAGGGACAACAUCGGUGGCCGAAUCAAGCGCAUCGUGCGCAAGCUGCGGCUGUUUCCAGAAAAGUGCCGCGAGCUCAUCUUGAAGGACCAGUGGAAGGGCCAGGCUCCGUUGGAAAACGUCUUGGGAGACGUCAUGUCGGACGACAUCGGAAUUGUUGCAUCAAACGACGUUGUUAGAGAUGUUCCGUCCAACGACGUUGUUGACGUGGAGACGAACGACGUCGAAGACACCGCGAUGAGCGACGAGGCCCCUUUGACGCAGAGCUCGGGAAGGGCGUGGAAGUGCUGCGUCAUCCUUUGAGGGGUUGCCGCCUCUUGCUUCAAAGGGGCGUCAACACAAUCUUUGGAGUGCGAUUUAUUUUAUGACUGCAAGGUGUAGUAGAGAUGUUUGUGGCAGCGAGGGGUAGAGCUAUAAACCGAGCCAGCCAUUUUUUUUGCUCCGCAGACUGAGGAGAUGGUGGCACUGUACAUGAUGGUUGGAAAUGAGAGGGAAAGCACUCGUUGAAUGCAUUUGUCUCAUGCAGUUAGUUGACCGCAUCGAGGGACCACAGCGCCUUCUUAGUGAAAAACAUUCCUUUGGAAAUUAUGGGAAGCGAUCGGGCAGCAUAACGUAGUGCUCGGCAACCAAAAAACACAAUUUUUUUGGGGUCUUCGAAAGUUGAUUUGAAACUCAGGUUCACGUUCGAAGGGUGAAUGGUGUCAAGAUGAAUGCCCCUCGAGGUCAUAAAAGCGAGGUAGAUUAUGCUUUGAAACGAUUUGAUAAAGGAUGUAGGUUUACCAAAGAUAUUAGUUGCAUCCGGGUAAUGGUCAAAGGUAGGG